GGUAGUCUGCAAGUAAUAGUGUUCUGUGGUAGUCUGUCACAUAGAUUAUACACUUAAUAUAUGUCUGUCACUCGAAUCAAAACAAAGUGGUUAUUUAAUUAAUUCAUGUAUUGCUUGACUUGUUUGUUUAUAAUUAUUUAAAAUAGAUAGUUGUGAAGGGCUUAUAUUUUCACCAUGAAGCUAACUGUCGAUGGUUUAUUGGUCUAUUUCCCAUACGAUUACAUUUAUCCGGAACAGUAUGCUUAUAUGUUAGAGUUAAAACGUGCAUUGGACGCUAAGGGACAUGGAUUGUUAGAGAUGCCUUCCGGAACCGGAAAAACCAUAUCGCUCCUGUCUUUAAUCGUAGCUUAUAUGAUACAGAACCCUCAUCAUGUCAGAAAGUUAAUCUACUGCUCUCGUACAGUGCCAGAAAUAGAAAAAGUGUUAGAAGAACUAAAGAAUUUAUUCAAUUAUUAUGAGAAAUCUCAAGGAGAGAAACCGAACUUAACAGGAGUUGUUCUUAGUUCCAGGAAAAACUUAUGUAUUCAUCCUGAUGUAUCAAGAGAAAGAGAAGGGAAGCUUGUAGAUGGCAAAUGUCAUGCCCUCACAGCAAGCUAUAUACGAGACAGGCAUGAACGUGAUAGCUCUGUGCCAAUUUGUCAAUUUUAUGAGGGCUUCAAUCGUGAAGGCAAAGAGUCUAUGUUACCAUACGGAGUCUACACUAUGGAUGAUAUGAAACAAUAUGGUGCUGAUAGAAAUUGGUGUCCAUAUUUUCUUGCGAGAUUUGCUAUAAUUCACGCUGAGAUAGUGGUGUACUCAUAUCACUAUUUGCUAGAUCCAAAAAUAGCAGAAGUUGUCUCGAAGGAACUGAACAGGGAGGCGGUGGUCGUGUUUGAUGAGGCUCACAACAUAGACAACGUGUGUAUAGACUCCCUUAGUGUGAAGAUCACGAGGCGGACCAUAGACAAGAGCUCGCAGGCAUUACAGCAACUUGAGAAGACUGUUGCAGAAAUUCGUGACGAAGACGCGGCUCGUCUUACGAUGGAGUACGAGCAACUGGUGGCAGGGCUGAAGGACGCCGCCAUACAGAGGGAGACUGAUACAAUACUGGGCAACCCUAUUUUACCCGAUGAAGUGUUGAACGAGGUUGUACCCGGUAACAUCAGGAACGCCGAGCACUUUCUCAGCUUCCUGAAGCGGUUCAUCGAAUAUGUGAAGACCAGACUGCGCAUACAGCAUGUGGUGCAAGAGUCUCCUGCGGGUUUCUUAAAAGACGUAUCGAGUCGGGUGUGCAUAGAACGGAAGCCGCUACGAUUCUGCGCAUCUCGCCUCGCCUCCCUGAUGAGAACGCUCCAGAUACCGGAUCCGUCGCACUUAUCAUCGCUAGUCCUGAUCACGCAUCUCGCGACCCUGGUCUCGACCUACACCAAGGGCUUCACGAUCAUAAUCGAGCCCUUCGACGACAAAACGCCGAAUGUUUCGAAUCCUAUAUUGCAUUUUUCAUGUAUGGACUCCUCAAUAGCGAUGCGGCCGGUCUUCGCGAGGUUCCAGACCGUCAUCAUCACGUCAGGAACCCUCUCGCCGCUGGACAUGUACCCGAAGAUCCUGGACUUCAAUCCGGUGAUAAUGAGCUCCUUCACCAUGACCCUGGCCAGGCCGUGCAUACUGCCCAUGAUAGUAUCGAAGGGCAGCGAUCAGGUGGCCAUAUCGUCCAAGUACGAGACGAGAGAGGACGUCGCCGUCAUAAGGAACUACGGGCAGCUGCUGGUCGAGAUGUCGGCGUGCGUGCCUGACGGCGUGGUGUGCUUCUUCACGUCGUACCUGUAUCUGGAGAGCGUCGUGGGGGCCUGGUACGACCAGGGUGUAGUCGCGAGUCUGCAGCGACACAAGCUGCUGUUCAUCGAGACGCAAGACUCCGCCGAGACGAGCUUCGCCCUCAUCAACUACAUCAAGGCGUGCGAGUCGGGGCGCGGCGCCGUGCUGCUGUCCGUGGCCCGCGGCAAGGUGUCGGAGGGCGUGGACUUCGAGCACCACCUGGGCCGCGCCGUGCUCAUGUUCGGCAUCCCCUACGUGUUCACGCAGAGCCGCAUCCUCAAGGCACGGCUCGACUACCUGCGGGAGAACUUCCAGAUUCGCGAGAACGACUUCCUGACGUUCGACGCGAUGCGUCACGCCGCGCAGUGCGUCGGCCGCGCGCUCCGCGGUAAGACGGACUAUGGCAUCAUGGUGUUCGCGGACAAGCGGUUCAGCCGCGCCGACAAGCGCAGCAAGCUGCCGCGCUGGAUCCAGGAGCACUUGCGGGACUCGCUCUGCAACCUCAGCACCGAGGAGGCCGUGCAGAUCUGCAAGCGUUGGCUGCGGCAGAUGGCGCAACCCUUCACCCGCGAGGACCAGCUCGGCGUGUCACUGCUCACGCUGCAGCAGCUACAGUCCCAAGAGCAGCAAGACAAAAUAGAGAAACAAGUCAUACAGAAAUAAACGGACUCACCACUCAACCUGUAUGCGGCUAGUGGCCGAUUUUAUGUCGCGGCCACAGUGGCCCCGGGUCAGCACUGAGUUUCCUAGUCGUUAUGGUCUGGUUAUACAGUGGGAACAACUUGGCGGAGACAUGGUAUUGUGGCCAUGCCUCCUACACAGACCAGACGCUGUUUAUUGAUUUAUUACUAUUUUAUACCGAAAACAAAAACAUACGUACAGGUCAGUACAAAAGUGUAUCUGAAUAUAUUUUUUUAAGGUGAUAACAUCUUAUUUAUAAAUCGAUGAACACCGGCUGCACGAACGAAAAAGUGUCACGCUCCGCUUGGGCGUGCAAGCGAGAGCGCGGAACAAGCGAUAGAGAGGCACGAUUGGCUUAAGCGUUGGCUUAUGACGCAUUUAACACUCUUCUCGCGUGACGUCAGAGCUGGCAGUUCGAAUGGUUCUGCUACUGAUGUUAUCACGUAGGGCUAUCGUCCGUAUACCGACUUUACAGACAACCAAUUCUUUAAUUAAUUAUUAUUAAGCACAAAAUGUAAACUAAAAUACUCUUGAAAGAAUACAAAUAAUAUUUCUCAAUAUUCACUGCAAUUAUUAAACUGUUAUUACUAUUUGGAAAUAAAAUACGAAUUAUCAGUCUUUAGACCUAUGAUUUUAUUGAAUGUUUUUAAUUAAUUAUUUUUAAUAUUAUUCGGCGGUAUGGUAGUUAGUGGUCUUGAUUGCUGGGGUCGUGAAUUCGAUUCCCAUAUCGGGAAAACAUUCGUGUGACAAUGAAAUUAGUUUGCUCUGUUGCUGGAUGUUCAAUACCUAUAUGUGUAUAUAUUUAAACAUAUCGAGGGGUGAAAGGCUGGCUUAAGCGACAUUUUUGCAACUUUUCAGGAGAGCGAUUUAGAGUUUAAGUUUUGGUUUUUCCAAAAUUUUACAUAGCGACGCUUGAAAGGCAAACGUGACUAAGCGACAAUGCGUGAACUUUACAGUAGACUAAUUUAAAGUGGAAAUACCUGAAAACAAAAUUUAUUUUAACGAAUCUAGCUGUAGUAGAAUCUAGGAUCUACCUAGUAUCUGUAGGAUUCAAAUGAUUUUAAUAGACCUAGAAAUAUAUUUUUUUUGCGCAUCGAAUAUGGUUAUUGCCUAUCAUUUAUGUACAAAACAGUUAUUGUCGCUUAGUCACGUUUGCCUUUCAAGCGUAGUAAUCAUAAAAAAAAUUCUUCAGCUAUUUCAAUGGGGUAAACUUAAUCGAAGUUCAAUUAAAAAUAUCGAACUGUUGAUGCUAAUACCAAAUGAAACGGACCGUUAAUUACAAAAGUAAAUGUCGUGUGGUUUUUUUAUUGCUUAGAUAGGUGGAUGAGCUCACAUCCCACCUGGUGUUAAGUGGUUACUGGAGCCCAUGGACGUCUACAACGUAAAUGCGCCACCCACCUUGAGAUAUAAGUUCUAAGGUCUCAGUAUAGUUACAACGGCUGCCCCACCCUUGAAACCGAAACGUAUUACUGCUUCACGGCAGAAAUAGGCGGGGUGGUGGUACCUACCCGUGCGGGCUCACAAGAGGUCCUACCAACAAUAGAAAUGUCGCUUAAACCAAAUAGCCUUUCACCCUUCGAUAUAUAAGUAUGUAGUUAAGUGAAUCUCUAGUUGUCACAGCGCGGCGCACCUUGUGCCCGGGCGACGGUGUGAGUUGGUCCCCAAUUAUUUCGAUGCCUCCAAUGAACACUAACUCAACAUUUUGAAAUAUUCGUUUUUCACGCAAAUCGCUUCACUAUUUUAAAAGUAUUACAAUUAAUCAUUAUUGAUGGGGUUCGAAGCAAGAGUAAAUCAGCUAGUUACACAAAAAAACCAUAAAUAUAUCUGCAAUAAUGAUUUUAUCAACUUUUUUCGUUUAAACGCUCCUCCUGUAAAUCUACGAAUUUGGAGUUAGCGUAGUGUUCAUUGGAGGCAUCGAUUUAUUAAUUGUUACUGGAGCACCUAUUAGCACGUAACCGAAUUUUAUUAAUAAUAAAUAUCAUUUGUAUGAA